AUGGCUUCGAAUCUCGUUGCGUAUGUUUCCAAACUACUGCCGAGCACAGCGCUGCCAGACUUCUCCGUGGAAAUAAAAAAGAAGCAGUUGACUCCUGUCAUAGAAGCUGUAAAAUCAAAGCUGCCGCAGUUGCUGGCUUUGGAAACCGAGGCAGAAGUUGAGGGCGUCUUUGCGCUGCUUUUCGAUGUGGUCUUACAAACCCCCCAAGCGCAAGAGGAGGCGCUAAAAAUCUUACAAAUUAUUAACGAGGAUGUCAAGUCCAGCGCUAUUCUUCGUCUACGCCUAGCUGCUUCCUUAUUCAAUAAAGCCAAGAUGUUGCCCAAGUUGCAAUUGCAAGCGCUUAUGGAUGUCCUAACACUCGCUCGGAGCUCGAACAACAUUGAACUGGUUGCUCCUUACUUAACGCAAUUUGAAACAUUACUGGACAUGCAAAAACUUUGCGUCGAGGACCGCCGUAUGCUUUUGUUGGUGGUAGCUGAUGUGCUAGAACAGGCCGGAGAUGAGCUCAAGGUGCUGGCCAUAUUAGAAAAGUAUCUGGCCACAUAUGAUCAAGGAAAGGAAGUCAAGCAUCAAGUCUUGCGUGCCGUCAAGAUUGUGUUGCAGAAUCCUGUGGCCAGCUUCCUAUCGCGUGUUGACCUGGCAGCCAGUUCAGUGGUACAAGACGCACUUCAGGGUAGUAAGAUCUGGGACUUGCUGGACAUUAUAUCCACCAAGACGCUUAAAGAAUUUGUAGCUUUCCAAAAAACUUCUGGAGCAGUUUUCUCUGAAAUUGGCGCGGUAGAAACCGAGCUGGCUGACACCAUGCGAUUGUUUACGCUGUGCACGUUGCCCACGGGAUUCAAAGAGAUCCCGUACGCUGAAAUAGCUGUUGCCCUGGAUGUAAAUGAACAAGACGUCGAGCAGUGGGUCGUCCGCGCAAUUACAGCUGGUGUCGUGAAUGCGAAAAUCGACCAACUUGCCCGUACAGUGAUGAUCUCGCGGUCGCUACAGCGUCGCUUCGGCGUCGAGCAAUGGAAGGAAAUUGACGCUAAAUUGCAGCUGUACAAGAAGAACGUUGGUGGAUUGUUGCAUAUUAUUAGAAAUGCGCAGCGUGCUCAAGAAAAGCACUGA